UCCUCGCCCGACGCCAUGAUUCUUUUCGGAAAUCGCGGAGAUUUCGACGCUAGACGCAAGAAGUCUCUCCCUUUUACCAACCCUGUUUGCCGAGGCCGGUGGCCUCCAGGAAAUGGCGACGCAAUGCGUGUGCGCUGCCCGCAGCGAGGAAGCACCACUGGGAGGAGAAACUUGCAAACAGCAACAGGCGUCAGCAGCUUCGAGCAGCACUUGAAGGAAAGAAAGAUGAGCGACCCCAAUGCGCCCAAAGUCGAACUUUUUGUCAAGGCAGGGAGUGACGGCCAAAGUAUCGGCAACUGUCCCUUCUCCCAGCGUCUCUUCAUGGUGCUGUGGCUUAAAGGUGUCACCUUUGAUGUUACCACAGUGGACAUGAAGAGGAAGCCGGACAUUUUGAACGACCUGGCUCCCGGUGCCCAGCCGCCCUUUCUGUUGUACGGCAAAGAGGUGAAAACUGACACCAACAAGAUCGAGGAGUUCCUGGAGGAAAAUCUCUGCCCCCCAAAGUACCCUCGUCUGGCAGCGCGUAACCCAGAGUCAAACACAGCAGGCAUGGAUGUCUUCUCCAAGUUCUCGGCUUAUAUCAAAAACUCCAACCCUCUGACCAACGAAAAUCUCGAGAAAGGACUUCUGAAAGCUCUGAAGAAACUCGACGACUACCUCGGCUCCCCCCUUCCUGACGAAAUUGACCAAAAUAGCACCGAUGAUGUCACUUCCUCAUCCCGCCCCUUCCUCGACGGCCAAGACCUUACGCUCGCCGACUGCAAUUUGCUUCCAAAGCUCCACAUUGUCAAGGUUGUGUGUUUACGGUACCGAAAAUUCUCCAUCCCUCAGUCUCUGUCCAACCUGUGGAGGUACCUGAACGCAGCAUACGCCCGGGACGAGUUUGCCUCCACCUGCCCGAUCGAUGAUGAGAUCCACUUGGCUUAUGCUUCUGUGGCGAAAGUUCUCAAGUAGGCUUGGGGGGGGGGGGUGGUUCAGAUUCAUCCUAAAUUCAAUAAGUGGAAGAAUAUAUACAAGUGUACAAACAAGCAAAACAACAGCACAUAUGUUAUAUAAUUGGGGUCGUUUGUUUUUUUUUUUUUUUUUUUUGUCCCGUCACGAAAUACAGUGAACCUCCUCUUAUCACUGGGGACAAAAUCAUUUUCGUAGUGUUACCGCUCCCACCACCUAUCAAAACUUUUUUUUAAAAUAACUGAAUUACACUUUCUAAAGUAUUCCUUUGUGCCUCUUUUCACUCUUGUCCAGAAAUUGGGGACUAUCAUAAAACAUCACUCUGAGAGAGAGAGAGAGAGAAAAAAAAAGAUGGGAGAAGCGUGCUUGCUUCGAGCUGUUUAUAUGUCACACUCAGUUACGUUUACUGAACAAGUGACACGAAACAAAAAACGUUCAACCGAACCAGGUCAUUAAAAAGCUAGCUUCAUGCUAUCAUUUAAUGUGAAAGACUUUUGAUGGCCUUUGAUGAACUAAUGGAAAUUAGCAUCGAUGUUAACUCAUUCCCUCCCAAAGACGUUUUUAAACGUCUUUUCAGACUUGGUCCAGAAUUGGCUGGUACUGAAUGAGUUAACACUAAAAAUACUCGCACCCACAUAUCCUCAAGUAGUAGAGUUUAAUUAAAACCUCAGUGGUGCCCAGUCAUGUUGCGGAAAGAACGCAACUUAAAAUUCAGCCCUAUCUGUAGACUGUAAAAAUCCAUUAAGAAAAAAAAUGGCUACAAAAUCCAGAUUAUAGCAGCGAUGCAAAAGAUGACUCGUGAUGCGAUGGGGGUUCACUGUACACAAUUUGUUUGUACCUUUGGGAGAUUUUACAGCCACAAAGCUGCCAAGUCAGAUGAAACCUUCUACAUUUAUUUAGCUUCAAUGUCAGUCUUAUUUUAUUGAGUCCAUGAUUCAACAACACGGGGCCAAAGUAUUUCACGUUCCUCUAUUACUCCCCGAUGCGGCAAGUACUGUCAAACUUUAAAAGUAAAAGCAUUUUUGGUCGUUGUAGCACACAAUAACUCGGAAGUGGGAGGCGGGGCGGGGGAGGUGGGUGUUGUUGCACAGAUGCAGAGACAGGAAGCCAUUUCAAGAGUUUGAAUCUAUUGAAAUGGUUUCCUUUUCAGCAGCUGUGAAUGACUGCUGUAAUCCGCUGGCGAGGAGCUACAUUUCAAUCCAUCGUUCAUGUAUGAAGGACUGUUUUUGUAGAAUGUUUAAAAAAAAGUUUUGCACAAAUUUCUUUGGGAGUAUCGAUGCGCGCAAGUAAAUUUGGUGUAUUUCUUUCAGGGGGGAAAAAAAAGAGAGUAGGGCACACUUCAACCGUGAAUUAAUCAAAUAAUAUGAUUGAUGAAAUAUUUGUUCACACGCUUUUGGCGAGCCGACUGAACGCAGCUGACAAAAGGAAGCGAUUUCAGGGCGUGUAGUUCUUAGUCAGCAGCAGCACAAAUGUUGCAUAAUCCUAUUCAACUGCUCAUACAAUGCGGGCGUGACACAGCAUUCAUCAUAGCAUGAUUCUAAAUUAGAAAUGGAUCUUGCAACUUUUCUCCGGAGCGUGUUCAUUUUUCUUGGGUGUGGCCCCCCCCCCCCCCAAUCUUCCGUCAUAUGAAUUGAGUUUAGCACUUAGCGCUGUGCUGCAAAUGUUAUGUGCAUGUCACAAGUUGCUCAGACAAAAGCGGGGGGCAACAGGAAGUUGAUGAUGCUGCGACUAAAAAUAAUAGCGGGGUAGUUUUCGGUCUGGUUUUAAGAUAAGCUUGAAGAAAUAUGCACUCGCGUGAAUGAAGGAUCCACAUUUAGGGCAGUGAAGGAAAACAUUGAAAAAGGGACUUGAAGUCAAUUUACUGUUUGUUUCCCUCCUGUUUAGCUCGCUCAGGUAGGGGGGUAAAAAAAUGCUGACUGGGAUCAUUUAGUUCGUUGUGUGUUAGCACUUACAGUGACUUGAGAGUUAACUAAACUCGAUAUAAUGAUGGCGAUACGGCUUCAUGAGCUGGAGCUGCAGCUUUUUUUCUUCGCUGGCCCCGUGCUUCAUGAAACUGUCGGCUAAAGGAAUUCAAAUUUCAUUAAACGAAAGUUCACGUCUUAGCCUCAUGUUGACCAGAUGAAAGGUUAAUUCAAGAAGAAAAUUCAAACCACCUAAGUGCAAUUUCAGAAUAAAAAUGUUUGUUUUUUUUGUACAGUGCUUUUGACAUUUUUUCCUGUUUUGCUGCACGACUGCUAUUUGGAGGAGUGGCCCUUUCUUUCUACCGAAGUGAAAAUACUUUUUUUUUUGUUGACUGAACUGUUUCCUUAAUGAAUCAAUUAAAGGGACAGUGUCUUAAAUAUUUUCACAAUCUCGUUUUAAGUUUCUUUAUGUACUGUAGAGUUAAAUACAGUUUCAGGGACCGAACUCAAUAAAAUGUUUUUUUGUUUCUUUGUUUGUUUUACACCUUCUUGUUUCUUAAUACAUUGCAUGUUGCUUUGUUUUUUUAAUGACACUUUUUAACAUUUCGGCUAGUUACUUUCCAACGUAGACCUUUUUUUUUUGUGUUAACAACAUUUAGUUCACAGAAAAGUGGCCAUGAAACAAAUCUAUUGAAAUAAUUGGCAGACAAAAGUCCAAAGGCACAUUUCAUCAGUGCAUUUUUUUCAGAAUAAAGUUUUCUUUUGAAACGGG